GAUUUUCAGAAAAGAAAUGAUAUUAGAACAAGUUAUUUUUAGAAUAAGUGUUUUUCCCAUAUCACAAGAUUUGAAUUUGAACGUUUGAUGAAAAAAGUCUUAGAGAAAAGAUGGCUUCAAAAUGGUACCAACUAUCAAAUUUUAAGUGUCCGGUACCCGGAUGCGAUGGUUCGCAAGCAGCAAGUUGGGUGUGCGCAAAAGAUAAAACUGACAUGUACAUUUCCCAAACUGGUUAUUUAAGGUGUAAUCAUGUAGAGCAAGGGAAGUAUAGUCAUUUUGGCCAAAUUUGCACCUGGGGUUUUGACUGUGGGAACCAUGGUAACCAUCCAGUCCACAGAUACAAACAGGCAGACCUACAAGGAUUUAGCUUUGCUUUAUCUCAUGCGCUGCAAUUAGUUUCUGAGGCAGGAGCAGUUUGGGUUGCAUCCUUAAUAUUAGAACUUGGAAAACAAUACGAAAAUCAAUGAUGGUCUACAACGCAUGACUGGCCUGGAUGUUCACACUGUUGUUUGAUUCAUUCAUUUUGUUUCAAAAAAUAUUGUUUCUAUAACAUUUAUCUUCCUAUUUGGACUUUGUUUCAUUUAUUCUCAUAAAUAUUUCUUAUACAAAGUUUAAAUACCAAUCUUUGUCUUUGACAACAAUAAAUUGAAUGAAUUUGCGAA